ACGCUCUCGGUGAAAGCAUCAUGCUUGCUACCGCUAUCACGGUUCGUCUGUUGCUCUGUCUAGUCUUAGCACUGGACGGCAUCAUCCCGGCCUCAACGCAACGAGUAGCCGAGCGAAAAUGCCAGGAAUUCCUCGCGAAGAACACCAAAACAACGCUCUCGAUACCGCUGUCGCUGCACGCCGAGAUAAUAACCUUGACCUCGCGCAACUGCUCGGACAGCGUCGAUCUGAUCAUCAACGGUGAGGAAGCGGCUCGGGGAGAGUUCCCGCACCAGGCGCUCCUCGGAUAUCCCGUGAAUGGUACCGUCAAGCGGUACGAGUUCCGCUGUGGAGGAUCGCUGAUCAGCGAGCGGUUCGUGCUGACGGCGGCUCACUGUGGAACUCCGCGGGUCGUUCGGUUGGGCGAGCACAGUUUGAGCGAGGUUGAUGGCGAGGAGGACGUUGAGGUGGAAGCGUUCUUCAAGCAUCCGAACUAUACGGUGAAGGCGUCGUAUCACGACAUUGCGGUUGUUAAGUUGGUUGAGCAGGUUGAGUUCGACUACUACGUGCGUCCGGCUUGCCUGUGGACGAGUGUUCCGUUGAACUUGAGCUCGGUGAUCGCGACCGGGUUCGGGGUGACGGAGUAUGCUGGCAACACGUCCGACGUGCUAAUGAAGGUUCGGCUGCAGCUACGGGACAGAUCUUCGUGUGCGGAAAAGUUCGAGUUUGAGCGAAAGUUCAAGCUUGGAGUGCGCGAGGAGCAACUUUGCGUUGGGAGUCAGAAGGACGGUAAGGACACCUGCCAGGGAGAUUCCGGUGGACCGAUCCAGGUCGUCACGGACGGUCGGACGUGCAUGUACCACAUCGUGGGCGUUACCUCGCUGGGGAUGUCUUGCGGAAUCGGCAAGGCGGAGAACAUCUACACCCAGGUGGCCAGCUAUCUGGACUGGAUCGAGGACACCGUGUGGCCUGGGGAGAGAAGGACUGCUCCCCAGAGAUUCCCUGACCAUGUAAUAUACUUUCCAGAGGAUGAUUAUGACUAAUUUAACAAUAUACAAUCAUACAAAGCCUCAGCAAA